AUGGCGUGCAUGCUCAUGAAGUGUGAGACGAAAAGCAGCCGGGUGAAAGGCGUCGCCUUCCACCCGACCCUUCAGUGGUGCCUCACGGCGCUGCACAAUGGGGCUAUUCAGCUGUGGGACUACCGCGUGGGCUCCUUGGUGGACCGCUUCGAGGAACACGAAGGGCCUGUCCGCGGCGUCGAUUUCCAUUCUUCUCAGCCUCUCUUUGUGAGCGGAGGCGAUGACUACCAAAUAAAACUGUGGAAUUUGGUACAGCGCAAGUGUAUAUACACCUUCACUGGCCAUUUAGACUAUAUCCGCACUACAUUCUUCCAUGAUGUUUACCCUUGGAUUCUGUCCGCCUCGGACGAUCAAACCGUGCGGAUAUGGAACUGGCAGUCGCGCGUGUGCUUGGCUGUCUUGACGGGGCACACGCACUACGUCAUGUGCGCUCGUUUCCACCCAACAGAAGACCUGGUAGUUUCUGCCUCUCUCGACCAGACGCUGCGGCUGUGGGAUACGUCAGGGCUUCGAGAGCGCUCCGGAGGGGUUGCGGGGGCUGUGGGGCGCAGCGGCAGCAGAAGCAGCGCUCACGGAGAUAUAUUUGCUGCUACAGAUGCCAUUUGCAAGCUCGUUCUGGAGGGCCAUGAGAGGGGUGCCAACUGGGCUACCUUCCACCCCUCCAUGCCGCUCAUCGCUUCGGCAGCUGACGACAAACUGAUUAAACUGUGGCGGUACAACUCGGUGAAGGCCUGGGAGGUGGAUACGCUGCGUGGGCACAGCAAUAACGUGUCCUGUUUGGUUUUCCAUCCGCAUCGCGACUUACUUAUUUCAGACUCUGAAGACAGAACCAUAAGAGUAUGGGACGUAUCUCGGCGCACCUGCCUCCAUACGUUUAGGCGAGACAUGGACCGUUUCUGGGUGUUGGCUGCGCACCCAACUUCCGGAGCCAUCGCUGCAGGGCACGACGGAGGGAUGGUGGUUUUCAAGCUGACAACUGAGAGACCACCCUCUUGCAUGUGGACGGGGCAUGAGCUUCUGUACGUAGCUGAGCGGAGACUCUGCUGGAUAGACACCGCGGCGCUGCUACACCAACCGCAACAGCAACAGCAGCUCGAGGUCAUGCUCACAGAAGUUAGGAGGCCGCCGAACGCCCUUGCUAAUGGCCCCAAGCAGCUCCUCGUGAACCCGCUCAACACGGGAGAAGUGAACGCCGUCGUAGUGUAUACAGAGGGCGAUAGCCUUUCCUACGAUUUCCUUUGUGGGCCUCGUACAGACGUCCGGGGCCCCCCCGCAGCCGGUUGUCUAUCACAAGUUGCACAAGGGACGGGCUUGUCGUUCGCCUUCAUCGCUCGUAACAAGUUGGCCAUCCUGGAGAGCGCUCCCAACGGCAGCUGCCUUCGGGUUCUGACGGCUCCUUCAGCGUCUUCUCACGCAGCGCAUGCCACGGCAGACGCCGGCCGCAUUGAACCCUUGCCGAUCACCACCGAUAGGAUCUUCUUUGCUGGACCGAACAGACUCAUCCUUCUGGGUGAGGACAAGAUGUACCUUUAUGACAUCCCGGCUCGUCGUCUGUCUCCCCCGUUAGCGCUGAACAUUGGGGGUCCUGUGAGGACCGUGACGUGGGCGCCUGACAUGCAACAUUUGGCGCUGACGUCAAAACAUUCUGUAGUAUUGUUGCGCGCAAACUUUGCGGCCCUGUCUGCCUUGCCAAUUGGAGCCACAGAAAAGGGAGUGGAGGCUCCCGAACCAGCCUUUAAGAUCCUAGCCUCCCUCCACGAGAACAUUCGUGUUAAAGGGGGAGUUUGGGACCCCGAGUUUGGAGGUUUCAUUUACUCUACUCUGUCCCACGUGAAGUUCUGUAUGACCAACGGAGACAGGGGCAUCGUAUAUAGCCUGUCGGAGUCCAUAUAUAUAGUUUCGGUGGUGCAGCAGCAGCUUCUAUACUUAGACCGACGCGCACAACUGCAUUGCAGAGCGUUGGCGUGCAAUGACUAUCUGUUUAGAGUGGCGUUAAGCCGCCGAGACUACAUGAGGGUUGCCCUCCUUGUCCGUUAUGGCAACCUCUGUGGUAAUGCACUCAUCGGCUACUUGAAGGAGAAAGGAUACUCUGAAAUCGCUCUCGAGUUUCUGUCUGACUGCAAGUCGAAGUUUUUGAUGUCUUUGGAGGUUGGUCGGAUGGAUGAGGCAUUUGAAGCCGCUAAAGCUUUGAAUGACAAGGCUGGAUGGCGGCUGCUGGCGGAUGCAGCAAUGCAAGAGGGGCACUUCGGGCUUGCGGAAAUUUGCCUCCAGAAGCUUAAGGCGUUUGAAAAGCUGUCGUUUUUGUAUUUGCUUCUCGGGGAUCGCGCCAAACUAAAGAAGAUGUUGCAUGUGUCCAAGUUGCUGCGGGAGCCACUGUUACGGCAGCACCAAGCCUUGCUGCUGGGAGACGCAGAAGAGCGAGUAGAUGUUUUCAUGGAAGCGCAGCAUCCAGGGCUAGCAUAUCUUUGCGCGAAAGUGCACGGCCUGCAGGAGCUGGCUGAACAACUGAGGGGUUCCGUAGAUGAGAAGGACGUUGAGGAGUUCCUACCCAAGACACCCGUAGCGCUCUUUCCCCCCUUACCCCUCAUGAGAUUUGGGCCGGGAGAGGCUGCCACGUGGAAGCCUGCAGUUUCAGGAGAAUUGUCUCCUUUUGCUGCCGCACUGCGUGCUGUUGAUGAAAUGGAUCCUGAGACGGCUCAACUGAUGCUGCACAAGGGCAUGGAUAGGAAUGAGACGGACAUGAUACCUGCAGGAAGGGCCGCUGGGACGGCAGGGGAUUGGGGGGAGGCCGCGGGGGUUGGCAGCGAUGAACUGGAAGACUUUGCUUCUGUUGGCGCAGCGGCAGAAGGGGAAUGGAAGGACGCGAUUGAUAUCGGGGUAGAUGAUGAGCCAGCUGUUUCCGGUGCUGGCGGAGCGGGGAAUUUCCAUGGGAUCCUCAACGGGAAAGCAGGGGAGCUUCAUGCAGAUACACCUGGAACGGAUCCCACAGCCGCUUGGAGGCAGAAAGCCAUUCCAUCGGAUCUUGUUGUAGCAGGAGACUUCACGGGAGCCAUCCAGAUGCUGAGGCGUCGUCUUGGCCUUCUGCGUGUUGCUCCAUUUGAGGCUGUGUUCCAAAAGAUCUACGAAGCUAGCUGGAUUCAGCUGAAGGGUCACUCCUUUGCUCCGCCCCUGCAUCUCCCCUUUACACGAGGGCAACCCUUCAAGACGGCAGCGCCCCCCCGCUUGAUUAACAGUGCUUAUAUGCUUUCGCAAGUCAGAGAGGCCCACAAACUGGUUACUGGGGGCAAGUUCGCCGAGGCUCUCGCUGCAUUUCGAAAGGCCCUCAUUACCCUUGCACUAGCAGUGGCGGAAAAUCAAGAAGAGGAGCAACAGUUACUAGAGAUGGUGGACAUCUGUAGGACGUACAUUACCGGCAUGAAACUGGAGACAGAACGUCUGGCCCUGGCGGAAUCUGACGCACAGCGCAGUAUGCCAACCUUUUGCAUAUCCUGCACAAAUAUAUCUGACGCUGAUGUUGACUUUUGCAUUGAGAGUUGUUCUAAAUCUACGUGCGCCGACAGAUGCAUGGAUGUCCGUGCCUCCCCUGCUUUGUUUGCUCGCCGACUGCUUUCGGGAACGUACUCGGAUUUAAAAGGCGCACCAGAAGAGCUGGCAAAGGCAAAGAAAGUCCUGCUGCUUUGCGAGCAGAAAGGAACCGACGCCAUUAACAUAAAUUAUGAACCUGGAGAAGCAGAAAAUAUGUUGCUCUGCACGUCAACGCUGACGCGGCUGAACCCCGGCACCCCUGUCGUUCGCUGCGGUUUCUGCGGGGCAGUUGCCCAGCAACGUCUGCAAGGAGGGUUGUGUAGAGUUUGCGAGGUUUCGGAGCUUGGCGCCAGAGUGGUUGGCAUUCAGUUCCUCCCGAUUGUCUGA